GUGAACCCGCUGAGGAACUGUGACACCGUGUUCAUAUUAUUGUUAGGAGGAGGAGGAUAUCACCAAUUGAGUACCAAACGUCAAGAUGGCAGAUUCAAGGGAACCACCCCCUCUCUUCAACGACGACGAUGACUCCCACAAGGACGACGAUAAUGAUGAUCUCUUCACUUCAGCCGUCCAGUCGCCCGUGAGCGAGCUGACUACACCCGAGGAACCCAGGCGGCAAGAGGGACUCGGCGACCCCCUCACAUCUCCCUCGCCUGCUGCCUCCCCCACCCCUGACCCCCCCAGUGUCUCCCAUGCUGGUAACCCCACUGAUCUUUUUGAGUCUGUUGGGGAACCACCUGUGAGUGGUCUCUCCUCUGUAUCCCUGGAAUCACCCACUGGGGGGGAAGGCACGCAGCAGGAGCUGCCGUCUGAUCCUGAUACAACGCUGGUAGAUGCACCUUGUGUAGAGUCUGCAAACAUGAGUAGCUUUGAUGCACCCGUAGAGGAUGCUGGUACCACUGACGUCACUGGUAUUGAUGACGUUGUUGGUACUGCAGAAUCUGUUGAUCAAUCACCACCACCUGCUAAUAGCACCAGUGAUAGUGUCCCUGCUACUAGUGAAGUACUUAUUGAAUCAUCAGUUGCUGCACAGGAGCUUGCUGAUACUGACCUUUCCUUGCAUGACUCGCCUACUUUCCUUGGUGAUGGGGACACAACAGAAAUUUGUCUCGAUGACACUGCAAAGGAAGUGUCUCUGGAUGACGAAGUAGAUGACAGUGCACUUUUUAAUGCCACUUCUGCCCCAAAAUUGCAGCUAAGUCAGGAUGUUCCCGAACCUCCUGUGCCAGCCUCCAGCAUUCUUCCUCCAAUGGGUGCACCCCUUACUCCACCAGUAGCUCCUAUUACUCCAACAGUCACUCCAAAUUUGACACCCAAUGUAACACCAGCUGCUCCUGCACCUAUCACUCCUAUUUACCUGCUGUUGCGGCAAUCACCUGAGGAGGUGGAGGCUGAAAGUGGAGAUGAUUUCAUUGAAAUCCAGGUGUCAGACCCACAGAAGAUUGGCGAGGGGAUGAGCUCAUACAUGGCAUAUAAAGUCACUACCAAAACCAAUAUUACUUACUUCAGGAAGAAAAAUUGGAGUGUAACUAGAAGAUUUAGUGAUUUCUUAGGACUUCAUGGAAAAUUGGUCGAGAAGCAUUUACACAGUGGUCGUAUCAUUCCCCCUGCUCCUGAAAAAUCUGCCAUUGGCACUACAAAAAUAAAGCUCGGUAGUGAUAAGACAGCAGAGUCUGGUUCCCAAGAUUUCAUUGAGAAGCGUAGGGCAUCACUUGAGCGUUACAUGAAUCGCACUGGAGCGCAUCCAACCCUUCGAGCAGAUCCAGAUUUCAGGGAAUUCAUAGAACUUGAUGCUGAGUUGCCCAGGGCUACCCAGACUUCAGCACUUAGCAGCGCAGGUGUAUUAAGGCUUUUCAAUCGUGUAGGUGAGACUGUCAAUAAAAUGACCUUCAAAAUGGAUGAGUCUGAUCAGGCUGAAGGACAGUGGUUUGAAGAAAAAACUCAACAAAUUGAAAGUUUGGAUGCCCAGCUGCGCAAACUUCAUCUUGCUAUGGAAGGCCUAGUUGCUUAUCGUCGUGAUUUGGCUGUCAGCACUGCAUCCUUUGCUAAGUCAGCUGCUAUUCUCAGUAGUGUUGAAGAACAUUCAGCUCUAAGUCGUGCACUUCAUCAGUUAGCAGAGUCAACUGAACGCACCCACACUAUUCAUCAUGCACAGGCUGAUGCUGAUUUUUACUACCUAAGUGAGAUUACAAAAGACUAUAUCCAAUUAAUUGGUGCUGUCAAGGACGUUUUUCAUGAGCGUGUCAAGACAUUCCAAACUUGGCAACAUGCUCAGAGUAUGUUGGCCAAGAAAAGAGAAGCUAAGGCCAAAGCAGAGUUGGCAGGACGGAUGGAUAAAGUUCAGCAAGCCCAGGAAGAGGUGGCAGAGUGGGAAGUGAAAGUGGAGAGAAGUCAAGAAGAAUUUGAUCGUAUUUCUCGUGCCAUCAAGAAAGAAGUAGACAGGUUUGAUGUUGUGCGUGUUAAAGACUUUAAGGACAUGCUAGUGAAGUACCUUGAAGCCCUCAUGACAUCACAGCAGCAGAUCAUCAAGGUUUGGGAGACGUUCAUGCCUGAAGCCAAAGCCAUUGCAUAGUGUGCUUUAUGAAUAAAGUUACUGCAUCUUCUGUCAUGGCUGUGCAACAUAUAUUUCGUCCUUUGUAACCAGGAAGGAAUUUCUUCUCAUUUUUAUAACUUGGGAUUAAUACCUGUGAUUUUAAUUUUUUCCAAGCAUUCCUGAUAGAUAUAUAUAUGUAUGUAAAACUUUCAUUCUGAAUUGCAGAUGACAAAAAUUACAUAAUCUUUUUAAAAAUUAGUUUUAACCAAUUGUUUCGGUACAUUAUCUUUGGUGCUUAAAGAAACUAGUGAUAAUGGGGUUGCUGAUUUUUGUGAAAGUAUUCAGGAGAAUGAAUUGUUUGGAUGAAAAUAGAUUACCAUUCCAUUUGCUUUAUUUGUGUGGCAUUAGGAAAAUCCAAGAUUACAGCUACCCUCUUGAGUGGUUGCAGUUUUAGAAAGAUCUGAAAUUUGUUCAGUAUGUAUAUAAUGAGUUACCAGAUCUAAGGUGGGUUACAAAGGGAUGAAGUAGCUGCAUCAUGUGUGUGUACAAACACACUGCAAUUUUUUCAAAGCAUAGAUCAUUACUUUAUCAACAUUAUUUCAUAUAAUCUUGCCACUAUUUGCAAGUAACAGUAGUACAUAUAUUAAUAUAUUAAAGACUAGAUGACUUUUACUAUGUUUCUGUUACUGUAGUGAUCUAUGCUUAGAGAAAUUUAAAAAAGAAAAUAUAUUUGCUAUCACUGCUUUAUUAUUUUCUCCAGAGUAUGUAGGACUUAAUUAAUUUUUGUAUGUAACACAUAUAAGUUUGCAGUCAUAGUAUUUACAUUUUGAACAUAUCAGGUAUCAUAUUUAGCUUUCAAUACAAUUACUUGAGUUAGCCUUCAUGUUAUGUGCCUAUAAUUUUUCUUGGACAUGUCAAGUAUUUUAUCUCACUGAUUUUUUUUUGUUACAUGUACUACACAUGAGCAGUUAGAAGGGUAGGGACACUUAAAUUGUAUUGUUUCAACCUUUAUCAGUUUAUGGCCUUAAUUUUAGGGUAAGUUACAAAGAAGGUUAUACAUUUUUAAAUAGUGUGGAUAUGUUUUUUUAUACUUUGACAGUAAUGGGGAAAAGUAGCAGGUGUUUGGUGAUGUAACAGCAAUUGCACAUUUUCUGAUUUAAUGGUAGAUACCUACAGUUGAAAAUUUGAAUUGAAAAGUUUAAAGAUGUAUUACUGUAUGUAGAUAAAGAUCCUUCAUGUAUUGCAGCUGAUUUGAUGGGGAAGAUGUUGGUAGUGAUUCUUCAUAACAUUGUUGUACACAGGAAGUGCAUAUCACCAGAUGCCAGUUUGAAAAUUUAGUUUUUCAUUGAACAUUUGCUAAGGGCAUAAUGGAUGCUGACAAUUUGUUUACAAGUAAUCAGACUUGCUCAAAUGAAUUUGGCCGAUUUUGAGGUGAAGGUGCUAUCAAUUCACUUACUGGAUAGUGAGAUUCCAUUUUAAAACCACUAAAAAGAUAUAUAGGUAUGCUAAGUAGAGUAUUUAGCUUGAAAACUCUUGACAUGUGCAAGUACUUUUGUUUUAUUGUAUGGUUAUGUCAGUGAGGUAAGAAUAUUUGACAUUUAAUGCAUGUACAGUUCAUAGAUAACUUGAUUUAAUAUAGGCUAUAUUUCCCUCUAAUGUAAACAUUUAACUUGAGCACAGACCUGGAAUUUUGAGACUUCUCUAAUACAGUGAUUUAGAGAAUAGCCCAACAUUCAUCAGUUGUCUGAAUAAUAAGAGAUAAUUUAUAUUUGCUGUACAGUGUUGGAUGUUUAAAUAAUAAAGGUUAAUGAUCAA